AGGUGACACCCACCUCUCUUCCUGGAGCCCGUGCGCCGGUGCGGCAGCACAGCAAAUCGCGACACCGCGUCCACCGGCGGAAAUUUUUUUUUCCUGCGGGAAACUUUUUCCGGUGUUCGUUUGUUCGUUUGUUUGUUUUUCAAACCGCACACUUCGCAUUUCACCUCGCGACCCGACCCGACCCGGUGACAAUGAGGAUUCCUCCCCGCGCCUGACUUUCGGACUUUUUCACUGUCCUCGCGUCCGGCGCGUGAAUCCCGGAGAACUUCAAAGACUUUCCAAUAGCUGUUGGACAACAAGACGUAUAAUACCAGCCACCUGUUCACGAUGUCCUCCAGGGUUAAAAAAGACUUGUGCCGAAUAUGCGGCGGUGCUCUACAGGGAAACCAAAGGCGGUGGCUGUUUGGGGGCAAAAAUAAGAAGACUGGUCAGCCCCAGACCCCAACGGAGUCCCUGAGAGGAGGGAGCCUGUCCCGGUCCUCAUGCAGCAGCCCCUGGGGCAGCACAUUCUCUCUCGGCUCCUCCGUGUCUCUCUCCAAGUCCCAGUUAUCCCUAAGCUCCUCAUCCAAAGGGGUGGACCUGCUCUCAGUGUUGACCCACAUACUGGGGCAGACCGUGCCACGGGUCAGCGGGCAGGGGGAAUUUGUGUGCGGCAAAUGCGUAUCCGUCCUUGAGCGGGUGUUCAAAUUCGACUCGGUGAUAGCCAGGGUGAGGGUGCUUUCGUCAGAGAGGCUCCAGAAGCUGACACAGGAGAGGGACAAGAUCAGAGAGUGGGUGCGCCAGAACUACCACCAGAGACAUCCGCGGGGCUUCAAGAGCCAGGGCAGCACCAGUGAGGAGGAUGGAGAGGCGGAGAAGGAUGGCUACAGGGAGAUGCUCAAGGAGAAUAUGGCUCUCUCGGAGUACGAGUGCUGGUCCGAGAAGUGGGACACGUGUCCGUUUUUCAUAAGAACGGGUAAAAGAUGCAGAAAGGGCAAAGGAUGUGAAGGCUGUGAUUCCUUAAGAGUAUCUGACUCAGAUUAUGAGUCUGUUUGUGGAGUUCCCCGCCACUUGCCUUUUCAGACCUUCUCCCCGUUGGCACUGUCGCGUGACAAAUCCCAGAGCAUGCCCCUCCACUGGCAGAGGGUGACGUCCAUCAGCUCCAGCCCGGCCUCACUAGCGGGAUCCUGUCUCUCCUUACGGGCGUCUUCGCGCACCGAGUCCAUCCGGUCUCUGGACUCUCUCGAUGGCGAUGACCCGUUUGACUCGCCAAGUGAUCAGCCAGUCAACUUCGUGCUGAAGGAGCUGAGAAAUAUCGAGGGGAAGCUGGUCAGUUCACCGUCAGGGAGCAGAAUCCCAGUUCUGGACAAGAAGGACGGGAGAUACUCGGGAAAAAACGGAGAGAUGUCGUCAGCCACAGUGAACAGGGUGCUGAACUUUGGGGAUUUGGAGAACGGAGGGGAAAAAAUGGAUGAAGCGAAUGGGGACGUCCUAACAGAGCUGAGGGACGAGUUCAUGCCUCUUCAUCGACAGAGCACUGCUGGCAGGGUUCGCCAAGCUGUCGGGCACAUGCGGGGCCAGCUGGACCAGGCUGUGUCCCGCAUCAGGACCCUGGAGGCCGAGCUGGAACACGGGAGGAGCAAACCCUCCAAAGUCAAUGGAUCAGACUGGGCACCAGCUUUGGUUCAGGAGGAGGACGGCGGCAGCUCCCUGCUGCAGAGCCUCGGUCAUUCCCUGCGCAGCCGGGAGCGUCUGAUCCAGGAGUGUAUGGGUCUGAUCAGACGACUGUGUGAGGAGGAGGAGGAGGAGGAGGAGGAGGAGGAGGAGGAGGGGGCAGGCACCAAACUGGCAAACAAGCUGACUGAGAAACUGACGGAGAAUCUGAAGGAAAUUCUCUCUGACAACAAGGCUGCUCUGAAGACUUUGAGGUCUGAGAUGACUGAGAAGGAUAAGGGCUUGGAGGAAGAGAUCGAGGCACUGAGGAAGGCCGGGAGAGACCAAGAGCGAGACCUCGACACACUCAAUACUGUGCUUCAGUGCAACGGGGAUAUUAUCAAUGAUUUGCGAUUGUCUCUGGGGGAGAAGGAGCGUCUGCUGAAGGAGGUGGAGAAAGAGAGAGAGGUGUGGAGACAGAGGGACCAGGCCCUCGCUGCCGUCCAGCAGGAAAAGGAGGCUCUGAUCCACUUCCUCGAAGAGCAGCUUGAGAGCUGUCAGAAAAAUGUGCAGGCACGCUCUGACUCUGUGACUGGUCAGGAGACGGCAGUGGGUGGAGCUGGGCAAGCCACCUCGUUGAAAGACAGAGAGGUAAACAGCGCCACCUUGUGCCAGGAGGUCACCAAGCUCACCACAGCGCUGCAGGAAUAUCAGGGCAUGGUGCAGAUUCAACAGGAGAGUUACAGUCAGACAGUGUCUUCGCUGAUGGGUCAACUGGGAGACACUCAGCGGGAGCUGAGGGCGAAGGAGAAGGAGAAGAAGGAGGCUGACCGAGCCUGGCAGAGCGUCAGAGAGGACCGAGAGCGACAGGAGAGGAAACUGAGGGACAGUCUGGACAAGAGAGACAAACUCAUAGAGCAAAUCCUGUUGGACGCCGAGGAGCGGGACCAUCUGUUCACAGAGCUGCAGCAGAACCUGCAGAACAAAUGUAAACCUCUGACCUCCAUCCAACACGCACUGUGACGGAGGGGAGAAAGUGUCGAUACGACGAGAUUGCAAACUCACCGCACCUAGUUUGGAGAGGAAUACUUUGCACUUUCCGCACCGCCUUUUUUUGCCUCUUCAACAUAUUUAUCGUGGUGCACAUUAUCAGUCUUAUUUAUUUUUAUCUUUCCUCAUUUUUUUGGGGGGGGGGGGGGGUUUGCACUCGCAGACCUGCCUUGUCCUGCCACGGCACGCAGGAAAGUUUAAUUUUUUUCCAAAAUUACUACUAAACUUUCAGGAGUGAAUCGGCUAUUUCACUCUUGGAGAGUCCGACACAGCCUGAUUGUUUUCGGUACGAAGAGGGUCCAGCUUCUUUACGGCUGAACGUUUAAUACUUGAUUUAUGAAAUCACCAGACUACUGUGUUUAGUUGUACUUUUAAUGUAAACGGUCUAAUGGUAAGGCAGGGAUCGGAUUUCAUUUCAUGCGGCGUAAUUGUUGCUGAUGUAAACAUUUCUGAAUGGUAUGAUUGUUAGUGGAUCUGAGUGACACUCAUUAUGUCCUUUAGGACAGGAGCGGGUAUGAUUAUAUAUCAAUCUGAAUUUGCUUCUGUUUAUUCUAUAAAGCUCUUUGCAGUGGUGUCUUGGUACAGAUCUGCCAAUUUUGUUGUCGUUUACAGUGCGAGGUUGGCGCUCAUGCUUGGGACCAAAAUUACAUUUUAAACCACUUUCCUUUUUUGCUUUUAUAUUUGUCUCAUUAUUUUUAUUUUGCUUCGAUUCUCAAUUAUCUUCAGUGUUUACUUGUCUUGUUGGUAUUUUCUUUCUUUUAGCUCAUGAGAAUUAAACACUCUGAUCCAAGUCA